AUGGCGUUUUUCGACUCAAUCCGUUUGAAGGAAGGCAAAAGGUCCGCUCGGUUCAUUCAGCUUCAUGUCUCCGACUCAUCCGAAGAACCGGGCGAACUUUUCAUUCGAGGCACGCUCAACGUAUUCUUCCUGGACGAGGCCCCCGAGUAUGAGGCUUUAUCGUACACAUGGGGUAAAGAAGGCCAGCGAAUCGACAUCCAGCUGAACAACCAAAGCUUCUCAGUGUCGCCUAACUUAUAUGCUGCGUUGCGACAGUUCAGCCGCGGUCAGAAAGGUGCGUUACCUAGGAGGCUCUGGAUCGAUGCGAUCUGCAUAAAUCAGAGGGACAACGAUGAAAAGUCGAAACAGGUCAUGCAAAUGACUGAGAUCUACACAAAAGCAAGAAGGGUUCUGUUGUGGCUAGGCGACCCGGACGAGUUCACGAGUCUAGCAUUCGAUACCCUACGACGCUUCGCUCGAGACGACGGGACUACGGACGGCAGUGUCACAUAUCGCGAUUUACUUGCUACACGAAAACAGAGAGUGGAGGCUAUUGGCAGGCUCGCCGAACGGCCCUAUUUCGCCCGCGUAUGGGUGAUACAAGAAGCUGUUGCUGCCAGAGUUGCCGUCGUCGUCUGCGGGGAUGAGUCUAUGGACUUGAUAGAGUUUUCUCGAGCGUUCAGUCGACUUACCGGCUCCGGCUUGUACCCGCACGCACUUGCAAUCAAUGUGACAGGACUUGGGAACUGGCGAAAGUACUUUCAACGUCCGCCAUCCAAGGAUCGAGAUGAUGCAGUUGAUCUUCAGGCACUGCUCAUGUACUCUCGCGACAAACUCUGCCAAAAUGCCCGAGACAAAGUAUAUGCGCUAAGGGGAAUUAGUACACAACGCUUUGCCGAGGGAGUGAUUGUGGACUAUAAGAGUCCCGUUGAGCGCGUGUAUAUCGAUUGCGCCAAACACUGGCUUAGCAUCCGUUCCGACUUGCGAGUUCUCUCGACCAUUGAGCCUCGUCAUUCCGCAAACCCAUCUGCUCUCAAGCUCCCGUCCUGGGUACCCGAUUGGUCGCAGCACAAUCAUCCUUCCGGUGUCAUGCAGAGAUAUUUUCGUUUUCUUCCGGGAAAAAUGUUUCGCGCUUCGGGCAAAUCAGUCGCAAAUGUCAGCUUUGACGAGAAGCAUGAUGUACUCGCGAUAAAAGGCAAGCGCUUCGACACCAUCAAGCGAGUCAUCUCAGCACACCCCACGCUACUAGGUACUGGCGAUGAAAAGACGCUUUUGACGCCUUCAAAAUUUCUGGGUUUUCUAGAUCAGUUGGGAUAUCAGGAUGUGUACGGGCACACGGGCGAGGCCUUCCCUAAUGCAGCGUUACGGACUGUGACAGCAGACCGCACGGGAUUGUCUGCCCGAGUGGCGGACAGUUACCGAUGCAAAUACCUUACCGCCUAUUCUAAUUGGCGACUGGAAAGCGAUAGCUCCAUCACCGACCUACCGGAGGGCGCCUGGAAGGAACUCUCUAACUCGGUAGCACAAAUCCUUGACGACAAAGAUCUGUUCAUCACCAGUAACGGAUACAUGGGAGUCGCGCGUUCAGGGUUUGCUACCGGAGAUCUAGUAUGCGUUUUACUUGGGGGUGAAGUACCGUUCAUCCUUCGGCAGCUCGAUACUGAACGAGAAAGCUUUCGAAUGGUUACAGAAUGCUACGUUCACGGCAUUAUGGACGGAGAGUUGAUGCACGGCGGCAAUGAUGCGAAGGACGAACUGUUCUGCAUCUCAUAG